AUGCGCCCCUCAGUCUUCAAGUACAGUAACGUUGAUACAUCUUGGGAUUUUGAAGACGCUGCGCCCGAUGAAGAAGAAAUGAUGUACGGUAUAGCAACAGCAAAUUCGGUGUAUGAAGACACAAACCUAAAUCAGAGUAGCAUUCACCCAACACCACACUACUGUGCGGUAAUUGUAAAUUCAGUCGAAAUGACCUAUUCUAUUCCAAGAAAUAGCUUGUAUGAACAGCAGCAUGAAAACAUAAACUCGCCUGCAAAGGAGUCUGGUGGAGACUAA